AUGGGUCGUCUUCGUCGCUCAAGGACACAUCAUGCAAUCAGGGACGUACAUCGUGCAGCCAGGACAAGGGCCCGAACGAGGGACCUUGAUCAGAUCCAGUUGAUUGACUUGGACCCAAAGAACCGAGCAAAACUUGAGGCCCAGCCUUUGGACUUCGAGAAACCAGGUCUGGCGCAGCAUUACUGCGUCGAAUGCGCAAAAUACUUCGAAACCGAUGUUGCGCUACGGUCACAUUGGAAGGGCAAAGUGCAUAAGCGGCGGUGUAAGGAGCUGAAGGAGCCGGCCUACACGGUCGAGGAGUCGGAACGUGCCGCAGGUCUCGGGAGGGAAGGAAAACGGACUUCUACGACGGUGGCCUCGAUGGCUACACCUAUGCAGCAAGAUACGUGA